AAUCUGUGCACUCAGCAGGAUUUUCCCUACAUGAAUCCUUGAUUCAGUGUAGUUAGUGGUACAUGUAUUGGGUUGGAGCUCUAUCAGGGGUUCGAACUGGACAUGUUGUUAGAGUCUGUGAAUGGAACAACCAAGCGUGUAGAAGAACUAUUGGAAAAAAUCAACAAUAAUACAUUGAAAACAGGUGGUCCAAUUCGUAUCAAGGAACACUUCACAGCACUGAAUCUCAGGUGCAUUGAACGUUUAUAUGGUGACCAUGGGCUUGAUGUGAUGGAUGUGUUGAAGAAGAAUCUUCUUGCUUUGCCAGUUAUACUAACGCGCUUGAAGCAGAAACAAGAGUGGGCUAGGUGUCGUUCUGAUUUUAAUGAAGUCUGGGCUGAAAUUUAUUCUAAGAGCUAUCACAUAUCACUUGACCAUCGUAGCUUCUGUUACAAGCAACAGGACACAAAUUCAAGGAAAUGGUUUCACAUGUUGAGCAGAAUAUCAGAGGCACUGGCCGUGGUGCAUGGGCAGAUGGUGGGAAUAAGCUUGCUCCACUUCCAGCCUAUGGAAAUGAGUCAGAUGUGUUAUGUUUUGACAAUGCUGGUGCUUGGAGUGGUGAAUUGGGUUGUGCUGCCAGCGAGAGUAGUACACUGGUGAAGAGUUAAGGAAUGUUGUGGGUGAUUCUAAGUCUGCAGGGCCUAUCUCUAUCGUGGUAGUCAAAGUUUAUCAUUCCUGAUCAUUUCAUAUGUAGUAUUACUGUGACAUAGCUUUGGAAGUAAGAGCUUGGAUGCCUUUGGCAUUUUGGUGGAUGUAAAGGGGGAAAACCUGUGUCGUGAUCAAGUGGUGGUUGGUUGUCAAAAUGUUUAGGGUUGGGUGGCAAUGACUGAUGCUUGUCUUUUUUGUUUGAUCGAGUCUGUUGGAUUUUUUGAAUCGAAUGAAGUGAUGCUGAAUCCUAAUUUAAUUCAUGUUGAGUCAA